AUGGCUGCCUUUGAUGCAUUUGAAGAGAUUCAACCUUCAAAUCAUAGAUCUUUCGAUGAAGUAGACGAGGAGAGCUACUCCAACUUCGGUUCUUACUCCACGGCCGCCGCUCCUGGUGAGUUCUCCGGAGGAGAUGUGUCCGUCGAUCACGCGAGUGGUUCUCCUGAUGUUUUCGGGUUUGGAUCUGAAGCGGAUCCGAGUUACUCUAAUCAGAGUCCGUUCGGAUCGGUGCAUGUAGAGAACGGGAAUGGUAAUGGAUAUAAUGGAGUGGACGACAGCGUUUUUGUGAGUGAUGGACCUAUCCUUCCUCCACCUACUGAAAUGGAGCCCGAGGAGGGUUUCGCUCUUCGCGAGUGGCGUCGUCAGUUGUUUGAUCCUGAUGUAUGGAAUUUUUUUGGUGCCUACUUAAGUGGGUUUGGUGAUUCACUUAUGGAAUGGAAGGAUGAUGUGAGAAUGGAAAGGAAUCUUAGCUUGUUUUUCAUUGUUUGUCGCAUCUGCCUCAUUCCAGGUGCAACUGCAUCCGGAGCAAAGGCAGAGGCUGCCCCACCUGCCAAAGAUGCUCCUGUAAAAGGUUCCUCCGACUCACCCAAAGAAGAUGUUGCUGCUGCAAGUGCCCAGCCUGCCGCAGAACCAGAGCCAAAACCAGCUACCUAA